AAUUCGCUAGCGACAUAUAAAACCCCUGCAUCACCUCAAAAGCAUUUUCAUUGACAUUUUUGUUAUUAUUAUUAUUAUUAUUAUUAUUAAUAACUACAUAGGGAAAAUUUAUUUUUCAUGUGCUCACUCAAGGUGGCGAACCAAAGAGGCUCAGGUAACAUUCCGGCGAGCCAUCAUGGCAGCGGCGGAGAGGAGGAUGAUGAUAGUCACGAAAUAGAAUCACAGUUAUCUCAUUUUCGACAAGUGAAUAACAAUCCACAAAUGUUUUAUAGCUACAGUCGAGCUGGUGAGAUGUCGGCUAUGGUUUCGGCUCUUACUCGAGUUGUUUCGGGUUCGGGUUCAGGUUCGGGUUCCGGGCUGGGAGGUGAAGGUCAACUUACGACGUCAAGUGGCGUCGGCUACGGCGGUGCGGUUGCUUCUCCUUCUUUAACUUCUUCUUCUUCAGCUGGCUCGGGGUUUUGGAUUGGACAAAAGAGAGAAAGAGAAGAGGACAGUUUAGCUGAGUCUGUUCAAAGGGUUUAUCGAGGUUUUAGCCAUGGAGAUUCAUCUUCCUCCGGUGGUGCAACUGUGACAGAAGAACCAACCGCCAUUGCAGCAACACCGCCGUCUGCCACUACAGUCCCGGCCACGGCCGCCACGACUGUGAGGGAAAGCAGUGUCUCAAAUGAAGAGGCCGGGGAGCGGAGGAGGAGAUACAGGGGAGUCAGGCAGAGGCCAUGGGGCAAGUGGGCUGCAGAGAUUCGUGACCCGCAUAAAGCAGCAAGAGUUUGGCUGGGCACCUUCGAUACCGCCGAAGCCGCCGCCAGAGCCUACGACGAAGCCGCCUUGAGGUUCCGCGGCAACCGCGCCAAACUCAAUUUCCCGGAAAAUGUUCGACUUUUAACUCCCCCACAACCACAACACCACCAAAAUCUUCCCUCCAGCCAAACACCUCUAGUAUCCUCUUUAACUUCUUUGACACCAUAUCAACCUCACCACCAACAACCGUCAAUGACGACGAUAACAACCACCAUUACACCUCCAAUGCCGCCCUUUUUCAUGUCGCAAAAUUAUCAAGACUAUUAUGAUUACUCUCAGCUCUUGCAAAAUCAACCCUCCCAAAUCUUCCAAAACCAACCCCCCACUUUGUUGCAACCGUUCCUUCAGUCCAAUACACAACUGGGUUCCGUUCAAGCUCAUUCGUCAUUGUUAUCUUCUUCUUCUUCUCCGUCUUAUUUUAUCCGGCCACCGUCGUCUUCGGGUUCUUCUUCCUCCUCUGUUCCGACACUUCCUCUGCUUUUCAGUGAUCCUCAACAACAGCUCAGUUUCCUAAGGCCUCCCCAGAACAAUACUAAUCCAAAUCAAAGUAGCGGGUCAACUUUUCAAGUGCCGCCAUGGACGCACUCAAGUCACCAUCCUCCUCCUUCUUCAGGUUGAUUAAUUUGACUUCGGUGAUCAUAUUUUUUUUAUUUUUCAAAAGUAAAUUUUAACAAUCCUAGACAAAUAUUUAUUAUCAAUAAUAUUUUAAUUACAUUAUUUUGAUGCGAUUCAGGUUUAAAUCACAUUAGUAUGAUAAGUGAUUCAGUUAGAAUCAAAGAAAAUUAUACAAUUGAUUUCAACUACAAUCGUAUUAGAAUGGUAUAAUUCAGUGAAA